GGAGAAGAAGCGCUGAUCGGCCGCUACUGGGCCCAUUUUAAAAACCCUUGUAACGUUUCAUUUUUAUCCGCUUGGUUUUCAGACAGCACCUCUCUUACCUCGCCAUGGCUCUGUGUGGGGGUGUCGGAGCCAUGGCUUUACCAAGCGAGCUUAUCGUCCAUAUAUUCUCCUUUCUGUCCGACCGAGACAAGCUCCGGGCCUCGGCCGUGUGUUGUCGGUGGAGGGAGUGUCUCUUCUACCCGGCGCUGUGGACCGAGCUCAAGCUGCGGAUAGGUGGCGGGCGGCUCGGCGGGGGCUCCGGUUCCGAGGAGAACCCCAGGCUGGAGUUCCUAAUGCGGAAGUUCGGUUAUUUCGUGAGGGAGCUGCAGCUGGAACUCGCACCGGUAGAAGGCUACCUCAGCCCCCUGAGCAACGACCCGUCGUCCGCCAGGAUGGACCAGCCGAGCCGUCCGGACGGCGACCCGCAGCUUUCCGAGCGAUGGAGGGACGCCAUGGCCACCUACUUGGACCAGGUGCUGUGUGUGGUCACCAGCAUCCGCAAUAACAGAAACCUGAAAAAGCUGACUUUGUAUGGAGACACCUGUAUUCUCCAGCAGGAGGGACUAUUAGACAGCUCAAACCUGCACCAGAUCCACCAGGGGGACAAAAAGAUCAACGAGAUCCAGCAGUUGUUCAUGGAGUUGCUAUCCAACAGCCGGCAGCUGAGAUGGUUGUCCUGCAGCUUCAUGCUUGGUCUCGUGACUCCCUGCUCCUUAGCCUGCAUGUCUAAUCCUUCAGCUGAGACCUUGCAGCACCUCAGUUUACUGGACCACCAGCUAGGCCCCCUCAUCUCACCAUCAGAGUUAGAUCGGCUCUCUAAUCUUAAUUCUUUGGCGCUGGAUUUCUCUGACUUGACAUCUGAGCUUUGUGGUCUUCUGGCAUCUCCAAGCCGUACUCCACUGCAUCGCCUCUCCCUGCUGCUCAAUGGCGCCGCCCUGGAGUUCAAAUCGUUAGAAGAGACUGCUACAGAGGACGAUUGGAAGGCACUGGUCCGUGUGAGUGCCAACCUGCGAGUCUACAUCAUGGCCCUAGAGGUCGACAGCUCGGAGCUCCUUAGGGUCCUAAAACCAAGCCUUCCGCUGGUGCGCCUCCACCUCGACAGUUACAGCACAGUGGUGACUGAUGGCACAUUGGAGCUCAUCUCUCAGCAGUACAACAAAACGCUGACUCACUUCCUGCUCCUGAGGGAUGACCCCGACUUCCCUGACCUCAGCAUCAAUCGCAACGAAGACCCACUGGUCCUUUUAGCAUGGAGAUGUAGUCAGCUGGCUGUACUGGUGAUACAUGGUUACACUGUCUGGUCCCAUAACUUGGUGGCCAUCUCUCGGCUACGAGGUUCCAGUCUUCGCAUCCUGACCGUCUCUGAGGAGAGCAUCGACUUUGACCCCGACCAGACGGUGUGCAUGGAAGGCGACCCGGUCCACAACCUGGUCAAGGAGGUCUCCCUGGGCCUCGGCCGCGUCUGGCACCCUUGCCUGGAUUCUAGCCUGGUUUUGUCUGAACCCACCCAGCAAUUCCACCGUGAGCUACAGGCUUUCAGCAUGGGCAUGUAGGCAAGGGGUUAACUCCAACACAUUUUAGUCUAAUCUGUUGUCAAGACCAGACCUGACCCACCAGGCCCAGCUCAGCUCAGACCUCUGAACCAGGCAAAGAGCAGACCCCUGUGAGAAAACUAAACCUAAUCUAUAAAGUUUUUUCUUGUGAAUUGAUGUGAGCUGAUUAUUUUAAUUUUUCGUGUUUAAUUCACAGGGGUUUUAGCACACCAACAUUUAUUACCAUUUCCCGCAGAUUUCAUAGUCAUCCACUGGCAUAGUAUUUACUGAAUAAAUUAUCCAAUUAAGAAUGUCCAAAUAAAACUGGAUAUUAUAAUUGGCAUUUAAUCCUCUAUCCAAUGGCCACACUCGAGUCGUGACAAUUUUUAAUGUGUCUGCUAAGAGGGGUCAUCCUGCUGCUUCACAUGCUCUGAUGUCUGGCAUGGCCCAGGCUGGUCUGGUCUUGUCCACAAGUAUUCAAAACUCAAUGUCCCUUCUUCACCUUGAAAACCUGCAGAGCCUCUGUAUAAUGUUUUUUUUUUUUUCUUCCAUUUAACUGUUUUCCAUCUCUCCCUGUGCUCUGUAUAAUCUUGUUUCUCCUCUGAGAUCCCUUGCCUGUAUAGGCUUUGUCUGAAUUUCAAUCCAGAUAUAUAAUCAUCCUGCUCAGUUACGACUGAUGGGGCAAGAUGAUUUGAAGAGGAAGUGUGUAUUCAGACACAUACUACUAGUUUAAGUCGUGAAACUAUUUUUAUUUUCUUUUUUUUAUCCAUUUGCUCUGUGUCAGACUGUCUGCUCCACUCCAGCAAAACCAGGAGUUCGUAAACAAAAUGAUCAAUCACUUCCUGGGUAAUGCAGCCUUCACUAUUUGUUCUGUCAAUCUGAAAGAGCACCAUGUGCGCGUGUCCACUAGUACGAGAGCCUUGCCAGUAGGGUGGGAAUGUCCAUCACAAAAUGGCGGACUGAGGUUGAUGCUAGUCAGUUUUAAUGCAGUUUUCAGCAACAGCCAUGUCAGUGCCAUGAGUCAGGCUACAUCCACAUUAAUACGUUGUCCACCAACUCUGCUAUUUAUACGCCUGGCGUCCAGACUUCUCUUGAGUUUUAGACGCUGCUGGCCACGUUUUAGUUUGAAAACUCUGGGGCCACAAUUUAGUCUGGAUGAUCAGAAAAAGAGUUUUCAAACAAAAACGUAGUAGUAUGGAUGUAGCCUCAGAUUAUUUCAACGUGAGUGGCAUUUCAAAGCUUAAUGGUUUUUUUUGUGUAUUGAGCGCCUUAGUGAUGGUGUUAUGGAGAGAGAUUGUUACACACUUGCCGCCAACACACUUCAUACCCAGCUCAAUUGUUGACUUUUCAGGGGCAAUUGCACCAGCUGACUGAAAAAGAGCCUCGUCCUCUGACUGACAAUGCAGAGCCAAACUAUGAAAAUUCAGCCUGUUACAAGACAACAUAUCCCCAUUGUGUUCUAUUUGACCUGUAGCGAGCUGCUAGUAAAUCGUAAUUUUUUUUAUAUAUAUAUAUAUUCACUGUAAUUAAGGUUGCCUUUGCUUUCCUCUAGAGGUCAAAACUUUCCAACUUGUGUAACUGGUUUCACUAUAGCCCCUUUGUAUGUCAAAUCUUAGAGAAGAGCAGGAGUUUGUGUCAAAAUGUGAAGUGCUCUGGGGUUAAAACCAUCUCCAAGCAGGUCUUUAACAUUCCAUAGAGGAAAUAGGAUUUCACUCCAUAAUGCUGUAUAUAGCCAUGUUUUGAGAUUUCUCUAAGACUACUCUCAUAGGCCAUGCUAAAACAACACCAGUAUUCUGUAUGCACCGCUUCCUGUGGUGGUGAAUGCCAGCAGCACUGUAGGUAGGAACCAGUUCUCCUGGAGGAAAACAUUUCAUGAAUAAUAACUGGGAAAAGGAAAGGCACUGAAUGUAACUUUACUCUCAUUCUGUUGGCCAGUUGUUAUUUUAUUUGAGGCGAAGUGUAUAGUUAUAUUUGCAGCAAAAUUAAUUUCUCGCCACAACAGUUGGGGGUUGUUGAAUAAGUGAGUUUUGACAAUGUGGGUUCCACUUACAGCCAAGACUGCAUUUUUCACUUGUUUUGAAAAAAAGGCACCUACAGCACAAUGUGGUUUUGGGUUGUUUUGUGCGAAACGUAUUCUCUGUCAGUCUCAGGUAGGCUUUUAACAUCACCAUGACCACGGUCUCAGUGGUGGUGGUGGUGAUGUUGUUGCAUGGGGUGUGUGAAACAAUCAGUUGAGUUAAUGUGAGAAAUAUUCCUCUUUUUUUUCUUCUUAUUUCCUCUUGAGUCACAGUUGCCUUGGAAACAGCCCCUCGUUUUCUUGAUCCUGUUGAUGUUGUUAUUGAUGAUGUUGUGUAUCUGCCAUCUGAUGAACCCACACUCUGCCUCGGGGAGGGUCAACAAACCUAAUCAUACAUUUGUUUUCAAAGAUUAAGGUUGAUAAAGACUAAAGAAUGGUGAAAACCAAUCUUGCUCAUUGCACGUAUUAUAUCUCCAGUGGAUGAUGGGGGGGGGGGCAGAAAGAGGAGGAGUCCAAACUGUCGAUAGAAGCCCUGCUGAGCCCAGUUACUGUCUACCUGUUUAAAAUCACAGAGUGGAUGCUGUUUGAUCUAAUACUGAUAUAAAUAUUGCUCAGCAGAAGUGCUAGCGCGCCAUGAUCACGAGUUAAGCCAGGCAAUGUUGACAGAACAUCUUGUGCUUUGGAGAGAUAUAGAGUUUCUGUGUCACCUGUGAAAGAAUGGGCCCUGAUCUGAAGCUUCAGUGGUGGGACAGCUGUGGUCCACCGCCGUGUUAUGAAAUGAUUCCUGGGCUGAGUUGAUAUUUAAACAGUAAAGUUGGAUUGAGCCAUUGGGCACCUACCUUUCAUGAGUAGCUGCUUUUAGAAAAGUUACCAUCUCAAAAGCUCAGUUCAGUCGGAGCUCGAGGCAAUGGCCUUGCAGUCUGUGAAGGUCCAUAUCAUUGCCAAUAGUUUACAAGGCUGGCUUUUCCGUGGACUGAUGUGUAACCAGAGUUUCACAGCAUGGCAGCACCUUGCAGGUUCAGGAUGAAACACACCUUGUUAUGGGCUACCAAAUGUUUGAGCCUCCGUUUAGGGACCUUGAUGGUUCAGCCGUGAUAAUGUCUCUCGUCCUUGGUCCAUUUCUCAGGAUGAAUGCACUUUGGUACCAAGAGUUUCUUUUAAAGGCUGUCUGUGGCUUUGUGUGUAGAGCUGUACAUUCAGAAGGGAGAGCAACACCAAAAUGAAGACAUUCAAAUAUAUUCGGGUUUUAUCUUAUCUUCCUCCUCCCUUUGGCCACUGUUUUCCCCUCGUCCUCAUUGUAUAGCUCGAGUUUAUUGCUUUGUGUUGUUUAUUGUCGUCAGCUGAUGAUAACUGAAAUCACGGCAGUUUAAUGGUAGAAUGUAAUGUCAAGCUAGACGGCUCAGCAAAGUAAAUAGACUUUUACAAACGGAUAUUAACAAGCUGAUUUUACAGGCUCCAUCCCUAUCUGCCGUGUGUAUCCGCCUUUGUUCGCUGUCUUCUCAUGUCUCCGUAUAUUAUUGGCUCCUCACAAGUAGUCAGCUAUCACUGUUUGAGCCCCUAUGACCAUGUUUCUACCAAGAAUAAAAUGAGGGGCUGUGGUUUUACCAGAUUCUGCUAGAAUGGAUUUAAAGUUUCAUCUCCUUUUAUAAUAUUUUCAUUGAAGAAUGUAUUAAAAUAAAUUGUCUUCUUAUCAUAGUCUCUUUCCAUAUGGAAACAUUAUUUAUCAAAAAUUGAUGGUUAACUAUUUGUUAUAUAGUAAUGUUUUAAGAACCUUUAGGCCACAGAAUGCAGAGGAGUACAUAGAUAAUUGCAGAAUAAUGUCUCUUUUUUUAAUAUAUAUUACUUCUAUUAGUUUGUUUCCUCACCAAAACACCCAACGUUUCGUGAGAUGAUGUGGAAAUAAUGCUGUGCAGAGAAAGAAGAGUUGAUACCACAGGCAAAUGACUUUAAGGUUUGACACAUUAGGAGAGGAAUCCGCAUAACAUGUUGAAAAAUACUGCCAGUGGGAAAACAACCUGUCCCUGAUCCCUAUGCGUCAUCGCGAAUCACUACAGAUGAGCCAUGUUGUGCCUGAAAGCCUCUGGAGUUUCUCUUUGCUCAUCCCAAGUUACUGGCUUUGUGUUGUGUAUUAGUCGUUGCUGUGAUUUGUUAGUCUGCUCUUUAAGGAGGCAACGUUACAGUAGCUAGAGCUUUCAGCACACGUGUAUACAUUUUUCUCAGAGUGUGCCUGGAUUUCUUUUGUGCAAGAUUUCAUGUGAAAAGUAUAUCCAGUAGAAAAUGUGCAAAUACAAUGUUUUGAAUGUGUUUGUGAAGAAGAUAUCAGCAGUGUAGCCGUUGUAUGUUUUCUGUGUGCGUGUGUGUAUGUAUUUAAAGGGUGAGGGUUUUGGCUUGCUCGUGUCACUAGCACAGUCUUAUCACUUAUACUGCAGCAGGAAACAGGAACUGAAAUUGUUUCGUUCUCAGGGUACAAUCGGUUUUCAAAGCGCAGAGGAGGACGGUAAAUAACAAAAGCUCAGGCCGCUAACUCGCUCAAUGAAUAUUAGGAGUCACUGGAUCUGUUCUCCUCUCCUAGAUGUGUUUUAAGCUGCCAAAGACCACAGUGGAACAAACUUAAACCAGACACAAGUCUAACAGAAGUGCCCGCACACACACACUGGCAGGAGGCUGGUCCAGUAUUCUAAUCCUUACCUUCCUUUUCUCUUUACUACUUGUGGUUCCACUCCUCUCUUGAGCCGUUUUAGAGGAUGUCCACACAAUUGGAUGAGGACUUUCUCCGGAGGUUGCCUUUCACACAUGAACAGCGCAGCAGGACAUUCUCCGCUUAGGUGCAUUCACAACAACACAGAAAUCUUCAUAGCGUUCAGGUGAGAUGUUGUGCAGGAAGGGGCCGAACAUAAUGUAGAAAUUCUACCGCGGAGAUCAUAUUUUUGUUUGCAGCACAUUGACUCUAGCGUAGGCCCUUAAACCAAAAGCUCUUUUAAUGUCUUUGUCUGCCUAUCCCUCUUCUAAGUGUAUGGUGCCGCUUUUCAUCCUGAGAUAUUUGUACUCCUUUUGGUUUUUCUCUCACUCAGUUGCGUGUUCAAAAUGUCUUCAAUACGCCCACUCAAUCGCGGUGAAUCCUGCGGAGAAUCACCUUAUCUGAUCGCAUAUCGGCUCAUUCAGACUUCCUCCAGAGUUUUACUAGAGGGCUCACCUAAGAAACUCUGCAGCCUCUCAUUUGCCUUCUCAUUUACAGCCCCUCCGGAGAAUGUCAGGAGGUUAUUCAAAGCUCAAUGCACGUCUGAAAGCAGCUUGUGUUUCCUCCUCUGACUACGACCACUCUGUUUUUGUGUGUCCAAACACUGGCCUUGAUGUUAUAUGGAGAAAACUGCUGGACUGGCCGAAUAGUCAAUAGUCCUUGUAGAUCAAGUCCAAAGCAGACCUGUGCACAAAGGCCUGGCUAAUCUGUCGUGGCUGUAUUGAAUUACAUAUAUAUCCAACAUAUGUUAUUUAAUAAGGGUUUGCAGAAUUGUUGCACAUCAUGAAUGCCAAUCAGGAUAUACAUUACAUGUUGCCGUAGGAUCGCAAAGAAAGUACAGUGCAGUACAGUUAUGCUGCUGUGUGCUCUCUUCCAUAUUCCCUCCCCCCUUUGUCUUUUCUCCAUCACCUGUUCAACUGUGAGGAGUGAGUGAAUGUAAAACUAAAGGCGAGGAGGACGAGAAGUCUGGAUCUAUCUCAGAAUACAUCAGGGACCAAACACUCUCCUCAGUUUCAGGACAAAGGCCCCUGUGCUUGAUGAGUAUGUAUUGUUUCCUGCAAGCCCCUGGCCAGGGUCAGGUUUGAUGGAAAACAUUUAGUCCUGAGCUGUUGAAGCUGUUAAAAAAAAUGCUGCUAGAGAUCUGCUAAACGAGGACAUUCCACAUAGGGGGUUGCUCAGGCCAUCUGACUAGCAAACAGUCUACUACAAGAAAAUUAAACCCUCUAUUUUUUUAUACUUAUUUUCAAAUGGUGUGAUUUUGAAGGGAUCAGAGAUGCAGCUAGCACUGACAACCACACCAGAUCACCAGCUGGUCUGAGCAGAGCAGCUGUGUUUCUAACAUGCGUUCCUGCAAUGCCAAGCUUUGCUUUCACUUGAUGCUUCGAUGCAUCCCGAGGCCAUUUAAGGGCCUUUUGUGUCGGGUACACAAAAGGUCACAAGUGAAAGCAUGCCACACUGACUGCGCUCGUUGAAUCAAUCUUCCAGUUAAUGAACGUCACAACCCGGGAAGAAGGGCUCACUCUGCGUAUUUAGCAUACACACAAAUACGUGCAGACGUCAAUGUAAAUGUUCACGAUGGAUACAAAAGGGCACCUGGCGUCUGGGCUAGACUUAUUUUUUUACACCGUAUGCAGACGGGGGUUUGUGUAUGACAAUGAUAUAAUGUGUAAACACAUAGACUGACACACAGUGAAUUUUUUAAUGAGUUCUUCCAUGAAAGUGACAGGGAGAAGACUUUGGAGCAGAGACAGGGUUUCAGUUAUUCAGGAGACCAUUACCAGCAGUUAGUGUACGUGCAUGGUUGCAGCCAGGUCAAUAUGCCCCUUUUGAGUUGAUUGUCCUUCUUUUUACUUUGCUAUGUUUUUUGUGCUGUUUAUAUGCAUUCAUAGAGAAUAUCCUGGAAGAUAGCAGGGCCCCCUGUUGCCUGAUGGGAAUUUGAAUCCUCAGAGCUGGCCUCUUAAUGUCAACCAUCUGAGACAGUUGGUGUUGACGGCUUAUUAGAAUUCAGUGUCAUGAUCAGAAGAUCUACAGGGAUCUGGGUUUGUCUGUCCGACCAGGCCUUAAGACAAACAACAGAGUUUGACACGUGUGUGCUUAUACUCAACAGCCAAUACUAAUCUCACUUACAUGGCCAGAAGUGUGACUGUGUGUGUUUAGUUCCAAAGCAGCAGACUGUUAGAUCUGCAUCAGUCUAAACACAGGCUCAGAGCCACAGACACGCACAUCAGACAUGACCAGUUUCAUCUCCACUUGAAUCACUGCUCAGACUCAACUUGUUGUGAUUUUGACUCUCAGGAUGUUGAUGAAAGUAAAGCUGAAAAUAGUGGUGAAAAGAGGUUGUAAGAUGGUUGUGAGCCUAUAACCUUCCCGAACAAGAUUCAGGGAAGAGGUUAAUGUUUAUGAAAGGGUUAUUAUGACGAGACAGGGUUUCCUCAUCACAAUGUGAGUUUUAAGACUCUUCCUGUCUUUUAUUGAAAGGCUAAGAUCAGAGACUACUACCAGUAACAUGCAAGAUAUUGAAUGAGCUCACAUAGGGCUGGACUCAGGCGGGAAUGUGAAGAAUCUGAUAAACAUCCUGAUAUAUGUUUCUGUUACUUGGAGAAAAACACUGGAUGUGCAUCACACUGGUAUGAAAUCAGUCCUGUGUAACAACAGAUGAAGAUCUAUAAAUGUGUAUGAGGCAAGUGUAUGACCUCAGUGAAAGGGAGGUUCUGCCAUCAGCAGCAGGCCACACUGAGACGUUUUAGAUGAAGUUCUUAUUCUCCUGUUUUCAGGUUUCGCCAUAGCUUUAGAUCUCAGCAGCUCUGAUGUUUCUGGCGAGUAAACAAAGUCUUUCUUGUCGAUUCUGGAGAGCCAAACCUCCUUAUUAGCCAGGCAGGCCUGCUGACCAGUCCAGCCUCCGAACUAUGCAAGAGGAAUGCAUAUAAUCCACUCUUUUUGUUUUUGUUUAGUUUUUCUUUCUCACUGUCACGCAGAAGAAAUGAAAAUGUUACAACUAAUAAGAACUUGCAAUGACAAUACUUGGCCUUAUCAUUUUGUUUUAAGAUCUUUUUGAUUCUGGUCAGCCAGUCCAGCGACAGCAUCGGUGACGGCGGGCUCACUCUUGGUCUCUGUGAGACUGGCUAGAUGGCCCCAGUUUUAUCGUGGUACGAAUGUUGUGCAUUUGUUUAAAAUCAGGACAGUUUGCAAUAACAGCAGUCUUACUAGUGGCCACAACGGGGCACAAGCAGUGCUGACAGCGCCCGGCUGCAUCUUUAGAAAACCAUAGAGGAAGAAAUAUAAACUAUAUAGAUAGAUAUAUAAACUCACAUAGUGCAUAUUUGUAUAGGUAUCAACAAUGCAUUACCGUGGUAUACUCUUAUGCAACACAUGUCCGGGUUCAAUUUAUGAACGUGAAGUAUAUUAUUGAAAUCACGCAGACUUUGUAAAUCAGAAGCUAUGUCAUUGUGUAUGUGUGUUUUGCAAAAAUGGUUUUUCCAUCCUUAAUGUUGAAUAUUCAGCGCGCUAUGUUCCUGUGUGACUGUUUGUUCAAGUGAGCACAUAGCAGCGGGUUUUACUCUCUGUAAGCGGGGAACCAGACGUUACCCAAAAUACAGCUGGACCAGAUUUCAUAAACUAAGGAGCAUACGUCAAAUACCUUUUUUAUUAUUGUUGUAAAACCUACAAAUUGGAUCUGUGCACAGCUUUUAAAACAUAUAGUCUAGUUUCAAGCAGAACUAGAUGUGCUCCCACUUGAUUGGUUCCUCCGCAGCAUGAAUUAGCAUGACUUGUUAUGACCAAGAAACGAGGAGUUCCACCACAACAAGUGCUCUUUUAAAAGAAACAUUUUAUUCGUGAACCUGAAUCAAAGACUGAGGUCUUAUAAUAAAAGUCUGAUUUGAAAUCUUCCCAGCUGUUUAUUGGAUUAGUCUGCAUGAGAAGAUUUUAUCAGUGAGAACAGUGUUGAUCCAUGGUUCUGUUGUAGAGAAAAAAGAGGACGUUUUACAAAUCUCUGUGUUAACCUCUUAACUGGCAGGUGGCGAGCACUUGUGGGGUCAACUUGCUGAACGAUGAUUUGAAUCAAUGUUGAAUGAAUGCUUAUCUUCUUUUAGUCAGUGAAUAAAAGCAUUGAAAAGUAA